GCAAGUGAACUAUUGGAAGUGAGCUGUCAGAACAUGCUCUCGGGACGGAGUCUGGAGAGCUGGUGGGCUGCUCCUAGCUCACAGUGUGGGUGAAGUGAUGGAUCAUGAGUGGCGCCCCGGACCUGCACUGCUGCAUAUGCUACACCUUCUGUGGCUGCUGCCCCACUCCUGGACCGCCCCUCAAGGGUGGCGAGAUAAUCUGCAGAACCACACGUUCCAGCACACAAUGUACUGUCAGAACUGGAGUCCCAGCCUGGGACUCUCAGAGGCCUACGAUGAGGACCAGCUUUUCUCCUUCAACUUUUCCCAGAACACUCGAGUGCCUCGCCUGCCUGAAUUUGCUGACUGGGCUCAGAAGUCUGGAGAUACUUCCUCCAUUUUCUUUGACAAAGGAUUCUGCCAAGCCAUGAUCCAGGAAAUAGGCCCAAAACUUGAAGGGCAAAUCCCAGUGUCUAGAGGGUUUCCUGUCACUGAGGUGUUCACGCUAAAGCCCCUGGAGUUUGGCAAGCCCAACACGCUGGUCUGUUUUGUCAGUAAUCUCUUCCCACCCACAUUGACGGUGACCUGGCAGCAUAAUUCAGCCCCCGUGGAAGGUGCUGGGCCCACUUUUGUCUCAGCCAUUGAUGGACUCAGCUUCCAGGCCUUUUCUUACUUAAACUUCACACCGGCACCCUCUGACCUUUUCACCUGUGCUGUGACUCAUGAGAUUGAUGGCUGCACAGCAAUUGCCUAUUGGGUGCCCCACAGCGCACUGCCCUCAGAUCUUCUGGAGAAUGUGCUGUGCGGCAUGGCUUUCGGUCUUGGUGUGCUGGGCAUCAUUGUUGGCUUGGUCCUCAUCAUCUACUUCCGGAAGCCUUGCUCAGACUGAUUCUUCCUGAUCAGAGCCUGAUGCCAACACCUUCGGCCAUCCCAGCAGGGGGUACCUAGGCUUCUCACAUCCUGCCUAGGGUUGCUCCUUCUUGGAGCAGAAGGCCUGGGACUCCCCCGGCUGUGCAUGUGCCUGUACAGGUUUCUCAGAUGGGGUCUCUGCUAUCCCCAGGCUGGCAUCCGGGGGAACCCAGAGUGACCUUUCCAUCAUGACCACAAUCCUUCCCACUUCAA